CCCAUACUGAAAAUUGUUAAAAUUAGAAAGAAGUCUUUAAAAGUUGAGUAUAAUAGGAUGAUAAAUGAUUAUAUGCAACGCUGAAAAUUAGCAGUUUGUUUUUGUUUCGUUUCUGCCAUUUGGAUUUCUCACCCAAGUGUUUGAGUUGUUGCCUCAAAGAGAGACUUCCUUGCUAUGAGUUUUUUUGCACUGAUCGUUUCUGCAUUCCUGUGGAUGUUGAGGCUUAAUUUUAAUAUUAUUCUAAUAAUUCUUGAUUUUAUUUUCUGAUUUUUACUAUGGCUGGUUGUGAGAUUAUUUUAUACAAAUUUAUUGUUUUUACUUAAUUUGAAGCCGGCAAUUUGUAUUUUGAUUAUAACAUUGAUCAUAAAAAUUUCUGUGAUGAAUAAUGAUGCAUCCAAGGAAUUCAUUUUGAAAGGGGAUUAAAUAUUACAGUAAUAGUUGACUUUUAAUUCCAAAAGAUAUGAUUCCUGAUUCUGUUCACUCAAUAAUUUGGGCAGUAAGUUGACUAGCUUUUAAUUCAGUAUGGACUUUCAUGUGCUUAGCAGUUUUCCUGAUCUGAGUUGUAUAAUUGCAUUAAAAAAUGUAAAAAUUAAUGAGAUUCCUGCUAGGAUAGCUCCAUAUUAAUGGCCCUUCAAACAUACAUUAUUCUCAAUUACUCAGAAACAGAUCAGACAGAGAGAGUGUGAGAGAAAAACAUAGAAAGAGAGAUGGCUUGUGUUGCAUUGGCUUCUCUAAUGGCAACAAUCGACCUUGAGUUCCGAAAACCAAACCAGAGUGUCUCUUCAUGAUGAAAAGCCAUUGAAUUCUCUGUUUGAGAAGCUUUCUUCUUUGCAAGACUUUCUGCAGAAGGAAUACAACAACGGUGGUGCUCCAGUCCGUCAUUUGGAAAUCAAAAUCAGAGACUUUGCGCUCAAAGCUGAAGAUGACAUUGAGAUACAACUAAGAAGCUUUCUUCUAGCCCAAGACGGAGAGUGUCAAGCCAAAGCUCGUGGGAAACUCCAUCAAAGCUUGCGAAAAGAUGCAGAAGAUGCAGAAGAGCUGUCCAAGAUUAUCAGCAACAGCAGAAGCAGUGAACCCGAAGUGGCCAUGGCCAGUGAAACUCAUCCAUCCAUUCAUUGGUUGAAACCUGAGAAUGUUGUGUUGAGUGGACCAUAUUCGCCAUGCUCUCCAAAUCUUGAGGAUCAAUUUAACGAAGACGCCUUCAAUGAGGUAGAAAAGAUGUUAUUCCAUACCUCUGCGACAAAAAACAUAGUUUCAAUUGUAGGAUUGUCAGGCAUUGGCAAGACUACUUUGGCUAAAAGAGUCUAUGGCUCAGAUAUGGCAGAUACUUACGCUCGAGCUUGGGUUACUGUGCCUCAAGAGUACAAGGGAAACACUCUUUCUCAACUAAAAGAGAAAUUACACAAGCACUUCGGAGGUAGUUAUGAGAAGAAGUGUUUUCUUGUUUUGGAUGAUAUACCAAACGCCCGAGCUUUGGCUAAUAUCCUAACAUGUCUUCCUAAUGAUUCAUUCAAAAUUCGUAUAUUGCUGACCACUCAGUUCAAUACUGUUGGUAGCGAUGCUGCCCCAAUUGGUAAUGUGCAUAAAAUGUGCAUAUUAGAUCCAAAGAGAAGUUGGGAUCUAUUUUGCAAGAAACUCUCUCCCAAAGAGCUUACUAGAGCACCAAAAUUUGUAGAAAUCGCCCAACAUGUUGUGAAGGAAUGUGAAGGGUUGCCACGGUCAAUUGUUGCAGUUGCAGAGCGUUUGUCUAAAUGCAGUUACAUUUUAAAGGAAUGGAAGAAGAUUGAAAAGGAAGUUGAUACAUUGGGACCUCUAUACAAUGAUGCCGAGCACUUGAGUAAGCUUACUCUAUCUUACAAUCAAUUGCCACAGCAUUUGAAAGUUUGUUUUUUAUAUUUUGCAAUCUAUCCAAAAGGCUUUAAAAUCAAUGUGAAAAGGCUUAUUAAGAUAUGGAUUGCUGAGGGAUUUGUGAGGCAAAUGGAGUGUAAGGGAUCUGGGUGGCAGUUGGUGAAGGAUUUGGAAGAGGAAGGUUACUGCUAUUUAGAUCGUCUUGUUCAUAGUGGUCUAGUCGCAAUCAGCGAAUGGGAACAUAAGAUGACUAAUGUUUGCUGGAUACAUAGUUCCUUAUGGGACUUCUGUACAAGACAAACUAAAAAAGAGGGUCUCCUAUGUGCGGUGUAUACUCGAAAAGAUUUAGGAUUGCCAUUAGACAUGUUUGUAAAUUCAUGUCGUUGGUUAAGUUUAUACUCACAUAGAUUGGAUUAUUACACGCUCUUUACUACAAAUAACCCUCGCUCUCUUUUAUUCUUUCAAGGAGAUUAUGUAAAGUCGGUAUCUUUCAAGCUAUUAAGAAUUGUUGAUUUGAGUGCACUUCAAAUCUUCAAAACAGUGCCAUUGCAUUUAAGAGAUUUAGUUUUUCUGAGAUACCUAUGUGUACCACCGUGGUUUGAGGGUUUAGACGAUGUAGUGUCAAACAAUCAGAAUUUACAGACAAUUAUUGUUUGUGGUGGUGAACCACAACUUAGAACUGGCCAUUUCCAUUUGUCAUUCAGAAUUUGGGAGUUACCACAUUUAAGGCAUCUUGAACUUGGCAAUUACUAUGAGGUGGAUCCUCCAAACAGAUAUAUAGAGCAAUUGCAAACAUUAUCGUGGGUAAGUCCAACUCAUUUUACAGAAGAGGAGUAUUGGAAGUUCUCAAAUUUGAAAUAUCUAAAGGUUUUCUAUAAAGGUGCCUUUGAGCCAUGUAGCAGUCCUGGACCUUGCAGAAACCCCACCAUCAAUUUGGAUUAUAUUUGGUGUUUGUCGAAGCUCGAGACACUUAAGGUUAUAGUCCCAGCAAAUAGUAUGACCAAUCUAGAGCGGUCAGUGUUUCCUACACGGUUGAAGAAGUUGAGGUUGAGCUGGACUAAUCUCCCGAUGAAGCUUCCAUGGGUAUUGAGAGCUUUAAAGGUGCUCAAACUAGAAAACGCCUUCUCCGGCCAAGUGUGGGGAUCAUUUGGACGUUUUUCUGACUUAGAAGUGUUGCUCAUUGAGGCCACAAAUCUUCAGAAAUGGGAGGUCGGGAGUUCCGAUUUCCCAGAACUAAAGCAUCUAAUCCUAAGACGUUGUUAUUGUUUGGAAGAUAUCCCAUUUCAAGUUCAUCUUAUUGGCACCCUAGAGACAAUUAAGGUGGAGCAGUGUCCCCCUUGUGUUGUCGCUUCUGCCAUGAAGAUUCAGGAGGAGCGGAAGUGGUUAUGGAAAAAGACAAACAACCCUGUGGAGGAGCACAAUAUCAGUCGUGCUCGCCUAAUUCGAUACAUUGCGGCCCAUACGCCACUUACUGUUGUUGUCGACGACGUGAUUCAUGAUUUUAGCUAGCUAUAUCCUAGGUUAGCUCUUCUCUUUCGGUGGAUCCUCCUCCUCUUAGCGAGGUUAGAGAGUCGUUGCAGACAUUAUAUUGGUUGAGGCUACACCAUUGUACAGAGGAAGUGUUUUCAACGAUUCCAAAUGUCAAAAAGUUGGGGAUUAUUUGUGGAGGUGGUAAGGGAAGUAGUAGUCCAACUGAGGAUAACCUUCGUAAUCUUGGUUAUUUGGGUGAGCUCAAGACAUUAAUGAUUGCAUUUCGGAAAGGCUCACCAACAGGCUUUCAGAAUUUCAAGUCUUUGCUGUUGCACCUCAACAUUAAGAAAUUGAAACUGAAGAGAACUUGUUUGCCGUGGAGUGAAAUAAGCGUAGUUGGCAUGUUGCCCAACCUUGAAGUACUAAAAUUGAAAGAAGCUUCCAGUGGUUCAGAUUGGAACUCCAGCCUGCAUAAAGGCUUCUUUAAGCUAGAAUUCUUGUAUGUUGAAGCUAAACACCUUGUCCGUUGGGAGAUCAAUGAGUUCAAUGAGUUUAUUUGUCUUAAGCACCUAGUCCUUAAAAGAUGUACACAAUUGGAAGCUAUUCCAGCUGGCUUUGAAGUUGUAAGCACACUGGAGUCAAUUGAGUUACUAAAUUGCUCCCUCCAUCUUAAGGAACAUGUCCAACAUGUUAGUGAUAUUCGGAUGGCUUAUUUUGGAUUCAGUCCCAUUGUUAUUUGCCAUGUGAACCAAAAACAAGAAGUUGAAGAGGCUAAUGAUUAAUUUGUCCAAAUAAACGAAUUGAAUGGUACAUGUGUAUUGCAAUUAAAUUGCCUAUUUUCAGUACUUGCCUUGUGAGUAGCAGCUAGUGUAUGUGUUACACUUACAUGGCCUAAUUUUAGCACUGACAUCAUGAUCAACAUAUCUAUCGUCA